AGUUGCAGAGGAAGCUUCUCAGGCUAUCAUGCAACGUCCCGCCCUUAAUUUCUUUUGUUUGAUAGAGACUGACUGGGAAAGUCUGUGACUCAGAAGCCUCGGCGAGUCUGUCUGCCCAGCUGGACGGAUCAAGGGAGUGAGAUGGGUCGGCGGAAAAAGAAAUCAAGGGAGGAAAGAGAAGGAGCAGACAGAAAAUUCAAAGGCCAACCCAGAAACAAAAGGUGGAAGAUUCUGGCCUGGUUCCGCAGGCAUCGAUACCCCCAGACUGCUGCUGUUCCUCUGGCAGAGAGCUCUGAAGGAUUCUCACAGCUGGUCUUGGAGGGCUGCUUCCUGGAAGCCUGCCGGAGCAUCUCAUCCUUGGCAGAGGAUGGGCAGGACCGUGGCUCCCAGUACCAGAUCGUGGCCCAGGGCAUGUGGCAGGUCAUCCGGGAGGCACUGGAGGGCGGCGGGGGCAGCCGGGAGCUGCAGAGGAAGCUCAGGUCUGUGGCGGCCGCAGUGGAGUGGGCCCGGGGCUCCUCACGGGAGCUGGGUGGUGACCUGGCCUCCUGGGACUGCCAGCUGAGAACACAGCUGAGGAAUGACGCCGAGAACCGGGUGCCCCCGAGCCCCAGAGACCGAGUGCCCCUGAGCCCGGGGGACCAGCUGGGUGGGUACCUGGCGGAGCUGGCCGAGGCCGUGGAUUGUGGCCUGGACCCCCGGAGGGCAGGCUGGCUGGGAGCCCGCCUCUCGGCAACCUACAGAGAGUGCUUCCAGGAGGUACUCCUGGACCGUCUCUCCGUGCUCCUGAUCCGCAGCGGAGACCCGGACAGCUGCCGGGAGCUCUACACCUGGGCCAGGAAGACCUUGUUUGGGCAGCUGGCGAAGACGCCGGAGCCUGCUGCCACCAGGAAACUCUUGGACCCGCUGAUGUUUGUCACCUGGAUGUCCCAGGUGCAGAGCCGGCUGGUGGAGCUGAUCCAGAAAGAGUUGGAAAAACAACUAGAAGAUGUCCUGACCUGUGAUCAGAAAGAGUCGGCCACCUCUUCCUGCCAGGCAUUCCUCAAAAUCUUCCAGCUGUUGAAAGGAACCAUAGAUUCGGUGCAAGACAUCGGGCCUCCCAUCACCAGCCGGGUUCAAGCCAUGGUUCUGAACACGUUUUUAGAGUUUCUGAAACGAUACCGGGGUGAGGGUGCCCCCCACUUCCUCCAGCAGCAGGCUGGUGCCGGACCCGCCCCCCAGCUGCACGUGCUGCAGAACUGCUGCGUCCUCAGGAAAACGUGGCAGGAUCUGGGCCAGGCCCGCACUCCCCUGGCGGACGUGGUGCUGCGUACCAUCAGCGCCAUCGAGGACCGGAGCCAGGACGACCUUGUGUCUGUGGUCAGAAGCCAGUACCGGAGCCUACUGGGACAUCACUUCGGGAGGGAAGACGAGGAGCUGGCCCAAGCUCUGCGAUCCCUCAGGCGGGGCCUGGAGCACUAUCCCACCCUGCUUCCUCCUCCCACGUAUAAGAGCCUUGUGCAAAGCCUGUACAAAGCAGUCUUCACUGAGUACCUCCAGGCCUUGGUCACCCAUCUCAAGAGGCUGAAGCCCCGGAAGUGGGAAGACCACCGGGGUCAGGUGGAAACGGACUUCCAGGAGCUGCACGAGGCUUUCGGGAGGCAGGAGGGCCUCGGUGAUGGAGCCCCUGGCCAGGAGGCCUUCAUGGAGGUCUUCCAGCUCAGCGGGAAGCAGGGUAACCCAUGUCUGGAUGAAUGGCUGGACUCCUUCAGGGACAGGUUCCCAGACUACGUGAGGAGGGAAUCCAAGGCCAGAGAUGGGCAAGGAUUUGCCCAGGGUCCCCCACAGGCCGGUGCAGGCCCCUCACUGGUCUCUCUGCUUCCUGACACUGAGAUCUACCCAGCUGGACCCUCGGAGUGGCCCAGUCCAGAUCCCUUCCCGGUGACCAGGACUCCCGGCACACAGGGCCAGUCCGAGGAGUCUGAGCUCAGGAGCUGCUGCCCUUGCUCCUGGGGCUUCCUCAUGCCUUUCACAAUGUGACCAAGGGUGUGAGGGCUCCAGGGCCUUCUCCAGAGACGCCGGUCUGGCUCCUAGACGCCCCACCCCCCACCCCACCCCAGUCUAUUUUAUUCGCUUCCUUUCCUGAGAUGCCCAUCACCAUUGUCUUGGCCGAGAGCUGUCCUGUCUGGUCCCUGGCAAACGUCUUCAUGGCGGAGGACCAGCCUCAUAUCUGGAGGAUCAGACAGAUGUUUGUCUCCAUCCCCUCGGCGCCUGGUGGCCCGCUGGCUGCCCCAAGUGGAGGUGGAAGUGAGCACUCAUUUCCGGGAGCCUCUCCCCCUGGGGCUGUGGACAUCGUGUGGCUCCGGGACCCGGUUAAGGUGGAAGAUGUGUGUGCCCCUGGCCACUUCACAGGUGGCAGUCUGAAAUCCAGAAGGAAGCCAUCCUUCUCAAGCCUGGACUCCUCCACCAGAAGGAAUCCUGAGUCAGACACCUGGCAAUGAAAGGCCGGCUUCCUCCACGGUCCACCCAGAAGAACCAGAGGGCCAGGGUGGGGCAGGGAGAGGCAAGGCAAGGAGCGUCUCAGCAGCCUGGCUGCGUGUCCUCUCCUGGUGGACAGCAGCUUUACUGAGAUGCAAUUCACAAGCCAUGUGGUUCACCCACACAGGUUUCACGUACCAUUCAGUGGUUUUUAGCAUAUUCACAGUUGUGCAGCCAUCACCACAGUCAAUGUUAGGACAUUUUCACCUACCCUAGAAAGAGACCCUGUAACCUUGUUGGCAUGACCCCAAACGCCUCUUCCCAGUGUGCCCCCAGCCCUGGGCGGUCACUGCUCUGCUUUCUGGCCGCAUAAACGUGUCUGUUCCAGACACGUCACAUAAAGUGAAUCACA